AUGAUAAUUGGUAGUAAUAUAUUCUGGGAAUUACUCGGAUCACGAAAAAUAAGUUUAGGAAUGAAAAAACCGAUUCUCUGGGAGACGCGACUGGGUUGGUUGGUUUCAGGACCCCUUUAUAAUGGACAGGAGUCUUCUCUUAGAUGCAACCUCACAACAUUCGAUACAAGUACUCAUAGCAAUAUUGAAAAUAAUGAUGUUCAGAGUCUAUUAUCAAAAUUUUGGCAGUUGGAGGAUGUAGGUUCUAAGUCCUCUUAUUCAGAAGAAGAGCAAAGAUGUGAAGAACACUUUGUAAAAAAUACAAUCCGUCUUCCAAAUGGACGAUUCUGUGUUAGAAUUCCCUUAAAACAGUCUCAUAAGGUAUUAGGUAACUCAUUUCAGCGAGCAAAACGGUGCUUGCAUUCAUUAGAGUACAGGUUUAAAACCCAGCCAGCCUUUCGAGAUAGCUAUGUUGCAUUCUUGUCAGAAUAUCAUUCACUCGGACACAUGACCGAGUGCAAAUUAAAUAUUGAUUCUACAUCUUAUUUUAUUCCUCAUCAUGGGGUGUUGAACGCAAACAGCACCACUACUAGUCUUAGAGUGGUCUUUAAUGCAAGUAGCCCUACUUCCUCAGGGGUGUCCUUUAAUCAGAUUCAAAUGGUAGGACCAACAGUCCAAGACGACCUGCUCUCUAUUUUACUUCGGUUUAGAUUUUAUAAAUAUGUGUUAGCUGCUGAUGUAGAAAAAAUGUAUCGGCAGGUGAUUGUUCACCCUGAUGACAGGCAUCUUCAACAAAUCCUAUGGCGUAAACCAGAGGAAUCUGAAGUAAAAGCCUAUCAACUCAACACUGUCACUUAUGGUUGCUCAAGUGCCAGUUAUCUAGCUACUAGAUGUUUAAAACAAAUUGGCCUUGACUGCAACGAUAAAAAAGUGUCUGAAAUUAUUAUUCAUGACUUCUAUGUUGAUGACUUAUUAACGGGAUCUGAUUCCAACCAGGAGGCCUUAAAUAUAAAGAAAGCUAUCACGGCAGAGCUGGCAUCCGCGGGAAUGGUGCUGCGUAAGUGGAAAUCCAAUGGGUCUCAGCUUGUUAUUCCGGACCAGUCUAACUCGUCUCUUAAUUUGAAUAUGGGAUUUGAACCCAGCAAGACAUUGGGUCUGGGAUGGUCGCCUGAUACUGAUAACUUGUACUUCAAAAUUAAUUUGGAAUUACCUAAAGUUUCGACCAAGCGGGAAUUACUAUCAGUAAUCGCCCAGGUAUUCGAUCCCAUGGGUCUGAUUUCCCCUUGUAUCAUAUCUCUAAAAAUUUGGAUGCAGCAUCUGUGGUUGCAUAAAUUGUCAUGGGAUGAACUGGUUCCGUUUGAUAUUUCUCACAGCUGGCAUAAAUUUAUACGGGAUCUCCCCUUAUUAAAUAAUAUCUAUAUCCCACGCCUGGUUGUUUGUGAUUCAUAUUCACUUAUUGAGAUUCAUUGUUUUUCCGACGCAUCCCAAUGUGCCUAUGGUGCUUGUCUUUAUAUAAAAAGUGUUAACAAACAGGGUGAUGUUUUGGUGAAGUUGCUCUUAGCCAAGAGCAAGGUCGCUCCAAUAAAGCCAACUACGAUCCCCAGACUUGAGCUCUGUGCCGCUCUAGUCGGAGUGCGUCUCUAUGAAAAGGUAAUGUCAUCCCUCAGAGUAAAUGUUAAACGUACCAUUUUUUGGACUGACUCUACAAUUGUACUGGGGUGGCUUAAAAUGUUACCGAAUAAACUACAACCGUUUGUCCGCAAUCGAGUUGUAGAAAUUUUGGAAAAAACCGAGCACAGUGUCUGGCGACAUGUACCCACUGACAAAAAUCCUGCUGAUCAUAUCUCUCGCGGUGUCAAGGCUAGUGAGUUGCAGGAGCUCGACCUGUGGUGGUCUGGGCCCCCUUUUUUAAAGCAGGAGGAGUCUCAGUGGCCUCUAAAUCCACUUAAUUGUUCGCAACUUCCCGAAGUUCGACCUGAAAUUUCGCUACAUAUCACCAAGUUUGACAAUUACAAGUUAAUCGAUUUUAGUCGUUUUUCAAAUGUAUUGCGCCUGAAACGCGCUGUAGCAUAUGCACUUAGAUUUAUUAACGGCUGCAGAAAAUUAAAGCCAAAAACUACUCAUCUUAAUCCAUCAGAAUUAGAAAUUGCAUUAAAUCUAAUAAUUAAAAUUGCUCAAAUAGAAUCUAUUCCAGAAUAUAUAACUCUCUUGCAAACACAAACCUUACCUUUAAAGAGCCAAUUAAACAAAUUUAACAUAUUCAUGGAUAAUGAUAAAAUAAUGCGCGUAGGGGGCCGGUUGACAAAUGCGUCAAUGUUCUCAUAUAAUAAAAAACAUCCUGCUAUAUUACAGUCCACUCAUCCCUUUACAAGGAUGUUGUUUAGAGCAGAACAUAUUAAGCUCAUGCACGCCGGUCCACAGCUAUUGUUAGCGUCUAUUAGGGAGGCUUAUUGGCCAAUAAAAGGUCGUAGUUUGGCUAAAUCUACAUAUUAUCAAUGUAUAAGGUGUACACGUAUGAAAGGGAAAACCGUAUCCCCCCUUAUGGGAAACUUACCUGAAUCACGUAUAACUCCAGGUCGUCCAUUCGAAUGUGUAGGCAUAGAUUAUGCAGGGCCUAUCUCAUCUGCAAGCCGUCAAGGCCGUGGAUGUAAAAUUGUCAAGGUAUAUAUCGCAAUUUUUGUUUGCUCUAAAACGAAGGCUAUUCAUAUUGAACUAGUAGGUGAUUUAACCAGCAAUAGUUUCUUAUGUGCAUUACGUCGAUUUAUUUCACGUAGAGGAAAACCUACGGACAUUUUCUCUGAUAAUGGCACUUCAUUUGUUGGUGCUUACAAUGAAAUAAAUAAAUUUUUAAAGAAUGACUGCAGUUCAUUGGCUGAUGGUUUGGCUAAUGAGGGUAUCUCUUUUCAUUUAUGUCCCCCUUAUUCUCCUCAUUUUGGGGGUCUUUGGGAAGCCGGUGUUAAAGCAAUUAAGCAUCAUUUAUAUAGAGUAUUGGGCAAUUGUAAUUUAACAUUCGAGGAAUUGAUCACAGUCCUUACUCAAAUUGAAGCAAUUCUGAAUUCAAGACCGCUUACGCCUCUCUCAGAUGAUCCAAAUGAUUUGUCUCCGCUUACGCCAGCCCACUUUCUGAUAGGAACACCGCUAACUGCACUUCCAGUUGCUGAUCAUAAAGGCCGCCCUUUAACACAUCUAAAUCGAUUUCAAAGACUAGAACAACUACGCCAACAUUUUUGGGCCAGAUGGUCUAAGGAAUAUGUCAGUGAACUACAGCAAAGGAGCAAAUGGUACUCUAAGGAACCAGAUUUACAGCUGAAUAGUUUGGUGGUUGUGAAGGAGGACAAUUUGCCUCCCUUAAGAUGGAAAAUGGGCCGCAUUGUUGCAGUUUAUCCCGGGACCGAUGGCAUUAAUCGCGUUGCAGAUGUGAAGACUUCUAAUGGCGUAGUCAGAAGAUCAUUCAGCAAGAUUUGCCCUCUGAUCGACACUUCUUGUUGA